UGACCGCCCUCGCCCCUCACUGCCGCCGGCGGCUCGGGCUCACUGGACACUGGCGAGCAGCGGUGCACUGGUACCCGGGGCGCUGCAGACGGCCCUCCCCCCUCCCCGUUGAGUCGGGAGUAGUGCAGUCGCCCGCCGUCUGGCAGCGGAGCUGGGUCCCGCGUCCAGCCCUCCGGCCUUUGCUUAGGGCCCCUGAUCCGCAAAGAGGAGCGGUCUUACCGAGGCCGGCCCGGCCCAGCCCGGCGGUGAGAUGAGCUUCUUCGGCUUCGGGCAGAGCGUGGAGGUGGAAAUCUUGCUGAAUGAUGCGGAGAGUAGGAAGCGGGCCGAGCACAAGACGGAGGAUGGGAAGAAGGAGAAAUAUUUCCUCUUCUACGACGGAGAGACGGUCUCCGGGAAGGUGAGCCUCGCACUCAAGAACCCCAACAAGCGGCUGGAGCACCAGGGCAUCAAGAUCGAGUUCAUCGGGCAGAUCGAGCUCUACUACGACCGUGGGAACCACCAUGAGUUUGUGUCCCUGGUGAAGGAUUUGGCCCGGCCCGGAGAAAUUAGCCAAUCACAGGCCUUCGACUUUGAAUUCACCCACGUGGAGAAGCCCUAUGAGUCAUACACAGGCCAGAAUGUGAAGCUCCGGUAUUUCCUUCGAGCCACCAUCAGCCGCCGUCUCAAUGAUGUUGUCAAAGAGAUGGACAUUGUAGUUCAUACACUCAGCACAUAUCCAGAGCUGAACUCUUCCAUCAAGAUGGAGGUUGGGAUUGAGGACUGCCUGCACAUUGAGUUUGAGUAUAAUAAAUCCAAAUACCACUUGAAAGAUGUCAUUGUAGGGAAGAUCUACUUCCUGUUGGUGAGAAUCAAAAUCAAGCACAUGGAGAUAGAUAUCAUCAAGCGGGAAACGACGGGCACAGGCCCCAAUGUGUACCAUGAAAACGACACGAUAGCCAAGUAUGAGAUCAUGGAUGGGGCGCCCGUGAGAGGAGAGUCCAUCCCGAUCCGGCUCUUCCUGGCGGGCUACGAGCUCACCCCCACCAUGCGGGACAUCAACAAGAAGUUUUCCGUGCGCUAUUACCUCAACCUGGUGCUGAUAGACGAGGAGGAACGACGCUACUUCAAACAGCAGGAAGUGGUGUUGUGGCGGAAGGGUGACAUUGUACGGAAGAGCAUGUCCCAUCAGGCAGCCAUCGCCUCACAGCGCUUCGAAGGCACAACCUCCCUGGGUGAGGAGGGAGAGGAGAGCCUCAGCAGAAGACUCUGCUACACAACUUCAGAAUAAUUCUGCUUGCCAAAUUAUGUCUUCACCUUCACCAGUUGGCUGACCAGACUUUAGGACCAUUGAUGUUUUUGUUUAAAAACAUACAGAAACUCUUGUGGGUAUUCUUGUUACAUGAAAGGAAAGGGGACCUUCCCUCUGUUGCACUGUGCUCGGGCCUAUUGGAGUAAAGGUGUUGACAUCCUUUUCUGCCUCAUCUGGAAAUGACCUAUUGGCCUUCCUUCCCUUCAGGCAGACCCCAUUGGCCAAUAAGUCCAAUAUCUGUGGGUCUGAGUUCUCUAUAGGUUGGAAAGCAGGGGGUUUGGUUCCUUUGUCAUCUUUUAGUGUGGAAAAUGGGGACUCCUCUUUUCCUCAGAAAUCAGUGUAGUCGUGGGCCUCUGACUGGGCAGGGCUCAUGGGUCAGGACUGAGACUGGGGGGAGAAGACACUGGGAUGACACUAGAGGUUGACUGGGGACAGCAGAACCACAGAAGGUAAGGUGGCUCCCCCCCAUGCCGGACCCCGAGUUCAGGUGCGACGGACAAUCUCAUGGGAAGAGAAUCACCCAUCCAGCUGCCCCUGGAUUAUCAAGUUUGGAGUUUAAGGAUAUGGGGGAGGCAGAUUGUGUGCUCCUUGCCUUUUCCAGAUCAUGAGAUUAGGCUCUGGUGUGCCUCCCAUAACAGCUGGUAUUCUAACUAGAAAGUUCCUCUGCCUCCCGACUGAUAACCCAAAUUCAUUUUCCAACUUUCAUAACAUCUUAAACUUUUUUUUCUGGGAGAACUAGAAGAUAGAAUUUGCUUUUAUUCUCUCAGGAGCUGUGCACAAGCCAGGUCUUCUGUUUUCUCUCACUCUGCCCCCAUUCUCUACUUCUCUAUGCGACUGUGGAAGUGAGAGGAGGGACCGCCCCCUCCUUUAAAGGUCCCCAUACCUGGGAGUGCAUAGGUACUAAACCAAGCAGUGCAACUUGUAAUUAAGCAGCUGCAGUGUUUACAUGUUUCUUAAUGUGUCGUCUUUUCAAUGGCUGUAUUUUAAAAAAAAAAGAAGAAGAAAAAAAAGAACACUUGUUUCAAUUGUCUCUCUGAUUAAAGGAAGCCCCUGUGGCUUGGAGGCAUUGUGCCCAUGGUCCACCAGGUUCUGUGGUUUCUUCUGUCUUAUACUGUCUUAUACUCACACAAAAGGGGAGACAGACACCCACCCUGAUCCAACAUGACACCUGCCCUCUCUGUGGCUGUGGCCCCUGGCGAACACUGAUGUUUUAUUCACACCCAUUUCAGGUAAGCAUAUGCUGAGAAAGGAAUCCCAGCUGUAUUCUCACCUGGCAACCUGUGCUGAUGUUGCUGGUGGUUUAAAGCCCUAUGGGACCCAGAUGACUUCAGGGGCAUCUGAGGAAGGCUGGUGUAGAAAGACAAAAGUUCAUUUCAGUAGGGGUAAUAGAACCCUGCACCCUGGAAUUUGCUACAGUAAAGGAAGAUGGUAGAGGGUAACCCUGCACCUUACUGAUGGGCAGAAGAUCUGCAGUGCAGUAGUCUACCACACCCAGUGCUACUUUAAAAGAAAAGCUUCCCAACUUUGAUA